AUGGCCUGGGGGAUAUUUUUGUUGAGUUUUCUACUGUUUACAGUUAUAAAUGGCCAACAAACUUUUUUGGAGCAAUCGACUGUUGAUUUCUUUGGGAACAAGACCCCCAUCUUCAAUUACAUGCCCAAUCCAGGACAUGUGGAUCUGGGACAAUUGAAAUACUUCCAAGAGCAUGGAGAUUUGAGGGAAGAAGAAGGUAGAGUGGGCUCAACUUGAUUUAUUUGAACCUCUUUCAGGGUGGUGGCAUCUAUUUCCAUAUGGCCCGAGGUUCAGUGACAAUAAGAUCUUGCUGAAGCCGCACCACGACAAACAGAUUGACUUUGAUUUCGACUUUCCUUAUUAUGGGUUCAGAUUCAACUACUCUAUGGUAUGUUUCCUUUUUUGGUUGGAUUUUUUUUGAUAUCGACUUAAAGUAAAAUUUAUUUCAGAUAUAUCCCGAUGGUCUUCUCGCCUUUUCCGAUCCCGAAUUCUACCAGCCACCGUACACUUUCCCCAAUCCUCGAUGGCCCGAACAAAAAGAUGCUAGUUUCAUUGCUCCGUUCUUUGCUGAAGCCACUUGGCAACACAUAGGAGACCACGCCAUCUCGAAUGUGUGGUAUCGGCUCGUGUUUCGUCCCAGAGCUUACGAAACCGUCGAUGAAUGGGGCAGUCCUAUUCUCGGCCCCAUGGAUCGAUAUGGAGACAUGUUCCAGACACCUCGAGAUCGAUACGAGAAGAAUAAAAUCGGGAGAGUAGAGGACCCAUACCUCUUGGAUAACAUUACGAUGGCCAUUAGGGAUGGAAUGAUUGGUGCCAGUGGAUUCAGAGCCGAUUAUGCGUUGAUUGUGACCUGGGAGAGAAUGGCGUAUGGAGGAGCUCCGAAAAUUACGCAAGUCAAUAAAUAUCACGAGGCGAAAAGAUGGUGGAACACUUAUCAAGUGGUCUUGGCGACAGAUGAAAUCAGAAGUUUCGCCAUGUUCAACUAUGCGAAUAUAAAUUGGACCAGUUCGAACACUGCGGGAGCUCUGCAAGGUCGAGGAGGUCUUCAGAGUGCUACUGUAAGUUUAAUUCAUCUCAAGUUACCGUUAAUUAUUUUGUACCCAUCUUCACAUUGCUUUAGGCUGGAUUUAACGGCGGUAACGGAACAGGUUUCUUCUCUCUACCAUAUUCUGGAGAAGGCCGCAUCCUCAAACUCAAGGAAUUCUCGAAUGUUGGAGUCCCGGGGAGGUGGUUAUACAGGAUUGAUGAGCAAAUCAUCAACGGAGGAUGUAGUAAUCACUCAGUUGGGACGAUGACAACUGCUCCAAUUGCUGCGAGUAUGAUUGGAGGAACCUUGGUUAAUGUGACUGGGCCUUGUUUGCGAGCCGGCGAUGUGAUAAAAGUGGUAUUUGAUGAGUAUUUAGUGGAUUGUAUACGUUUGAAUAUGGUGAGGGCCCAGUGUGUGCUGCCUGUAAAUCGAAUAUUUAAAACGGGAUUGGUGACAACGAAGAUGAGCAGAGAUGGAGGACACUCUUAUCCAUACUUUGGGACCUUUUACUUGCGUAAGUGGGACUAAAUUUUGUCUGAUCUCUCUAGUACUAUAUAAUUCUAAAAAUUUCACUUUUUAGUCCAACCCUCCUUGGCCAUGCCUCAAAUCAAACUCAUCGAUGAUCCCCUGAUCCCUCACGAUAAUUGGCGAUCACAUAAUGCCACCAGAUUGAGAAUGGAAUGGGCUCCACAUAACUUGACCAACGAUUUGAGUGCCAUGGUAAACAUACAUUUGUUGGGAUACUGGGAAGACACCGAUGACCAUGUCUUCGAAGAAGUGGGAGUGAUUGCCCAGGCCACAGCCAACAGUGGAUCUUAUGAAUUCGAUCCUCGGGAACUGACUUUGCAUCAGUUAUGGACCGAUAAUUGGCGGAGAUACAGCUGGGGAGCGAUUAGAAUAUCGCUGACUGACGAUUAUCAACAUGUCGGGUAGGGAGCUAAGGUUUUGUUGGGGGUUAUUGUGGAUGUUUUUAGAAUGUUUUGGUCGAAGAUGACGCCAUUUGGAUGGUUCUUCCGCCCGCAAUGGGAGUAUCAAUACGGCCCUGAUUGGGCUUUGGAAUUAUGCCGAGAUUGGUUUGAUUAUGAUGGGAAAAGAGUUAAUUAUGCCAUGGAUUUGGAGCCUUCAGUCCCUUGUCCAUGCACUUUGGAUCAGGCUGUCUUGGAUAUUGGUGAGAGUUUGAAUAGAAAAAUUCAAAUUUGAUGAUUUUUUGAUGUUUAAUUGGAUUGAAAUCGAUGUUUUAGGUCGGUUUAUGCCUUUAUUUGGCUGUGACAAAGAUGGCGAUGCAUCUUGCGAAUACAACAAGGGAGCCCAACAUUGCGUCAUGUCCACUGCUGCAACGUAAGAACUUUAAUUAUUAACGAAAAUGCGAUUAAAAUUUGUCAUCAGCUGUUAUGGAUAAUGUAACUGAAAUUCUUUAAUUUUUUAGCUGGACUGGUGCUGGCCAAGUGUGUUGCUAUGACUUUGAGGGAUGGCUGAUGCACUCGGACGACUACGAAAACGCCGCUCACUUGAGGUUCUUCAGUCCGGGUACCUCUCAACGCGCCCAUCCAAUGGGCGCUUAUCCAUUCAAAAGACCGCCCUAUGUUCCGUCAUUGAGCAAUUACCACACGGACAGAAUGGCCUACGAGAAGUGUUGUAAAUGGGCGGGACAUUGCGAGUUUUAUUUCUGGAGAAGACAGACCUCGGGAUGUCAGGAAUACAUUCCUCCGGCGGCUGGUAGGUCAUGGGAAUAGAAUACUUUUAAUUUUUUUGAAACAUGGUGAGAUUGAUAUUAUUUUAGGUAUUAUCUAUGGCGAACCCCAUGUUAUCACCUUUGAUGGAACUCGCUACAGUUUCCAGGGAAAGGGGUAUUAUGUUCUGAGUAUGAGCAAAGACCCUCGACACGAUUUCCACGUUCAAUUGCGAAUGGAACAGCCUCCAAAGACAGAUUGGGGACAAACUGUCCAAGCAUCGGUGGUGACUGGAGUCGCUGCGAGAGAAAACACCUCGGAUAUUAUUCAGAUAUUCGCCAGAAAAGAGUUCAGGAGGUGGAGAUAUAGGAUGGAUGUGGUCGUCAAUGGACAUUACUGCUACUUUGACACACCCGAAUUGAAAAUGCAGAGGUUUAGAGGUAAGGAGAAUAUGUUUUAAAAAUUUUUUAAUUUUUCAGGAGUUACAAUUCGAAGUCCCGAGCGGAUCCACAAUCAGUCGGAGAUCCAGAUUAUGUUUGAUUCGGGCGCCGGAAUUCAAGUUAGCGAAGCUCAUGGGGUCCUUGCUGUGAUGGUUUUACUCCCUCCGCACUUUAAUGAGUCAUAUGCGGUAGGAUUUUGAUGAUCAUUUGAACUUUUGGUGUCGUAAUUUGUAUUACCUACGAGAUUCAAUCUUGAUUUUUUUCAGUUUAACCGCGGCUACGACUACUUUGGAACUGGAUAUGAUGAAUUUGGCCGAAGCACGUCUAAUGUGAGGGGUACUCAUCAUAUGGUCGGUCAUAUCCAGCCCCCAUCGACCUUGCAACAUUACGCUGGCGCUAAUCGGUUUAUGACGGUGGGGCUGUUGGGCACCUUCAAUGAUAAUCAUCUGGAUGAUUUGAUGGAUCCAAAUGGCCAAAUAUUUAGUGUUGGUCAUCCUCCCACAGAGCAGGAUAAUAGAAAUGCGUAUCAGUUUGGAGAGUCUUGUAAGUUAUUGGGAAGGUUUAAUAUGGAGAUAAUUUAUCACCCUAUACGGUAUAUUUUUUACGCCAAUGUAAUUUUAGGGCGUGUGGACGGCUCUCGGUACAAACUCCUCUUCCAAGAUGACAUCAAGCCGAUUUACGACCCGCUCAGCUUCGGAAACGAUCGAUAUUAUCAGCCCAUGUUUGACCACAGUCGAAUGUUGUACAACGGAUCACUUGUCUAUACCGAGGAAGAGGUCCGAUCAGCUUGCCAAGGCGUCUACGAAUGCGAAUACGACUUUUACAUGACCGGCAGAAGAGAAAUCGCCAUGUGGACACUGGAAAUUCAAACAAAAUUGAGUGAACAGAAACUCAAAGGAACAGUCAGAACAAUGAGUUGUGGAGCCCUUCUAACAGCCCCUGGAGUGGUAAAAUACCCGCCUGGAAAUAAUUAUCUAGAUGGGGUUACUGUAACAUUUACUUGUAAGCCGGAAUACUUCAUUCAUGGAACGCCCCAAAGGACUUGUGUCAAUGGGACUUGGACUCCAGGAUGGCAUGUUUGGUGUAGAAGUAAGUUGAGGAAAAAAUUUUAAAUAUUGUGUCCGGGAUUUUUGAAUUUUUUGAUAUCUCUUAUAUUACACUUUAUAUUUUAGCAAGAACUCUGGAGACCGGCCUCAAAUGGAUGUGCGGAAUCCUGUCCUCGGUUGCGAUCAUGCUCUUUAUCUGCUCGAUUUAUCUUUCCUGCUACUUUAGACGAAUCGGAUUGCAUCCGGAGACGAAAAUUACUUUUAGAAAAUCGGAAGCUGGGUAAGAAGCUGGUUAUAAUGUCGUAUUUGAUGUAUUAUGGGAAAUUAUGUAUUGUUUUAGAACAACAAGACGUGAGCCGGACGUUUAUACGACCAAGACGCCCUCAUUUAACCCCGCACCCGAUGCCCAACCUCCUCCUUCAAUCCUCCGCCGAACUGCGAGGCGAACGGACCGAGAAAGUCCGACCUUUGAGAAGGAACCAUCACCCUCACCACCUCAGUUCUUGGGCCUCGAAACGAGCAUGUGA